AUGAACACCUUCUCUCCCGCAGCUGACGAGCGACGACGCUCACCUCAUCGCCGGAAAAUAUACAUCCCCUCCGUUGAACGUUCCAGUCACCAGAAAUCAAAAGGAUUCAAAGUCUCAGCGAGGAAGCUUGCGUCAAGGCUUCAUAAGCUUCCUCCUAUAGAAGAUGGUUCCUUGGCAGAACGUUUUAGUCAUCAGAUGGAGGGCAUAACUAAGUGGGACUUGGGAUCAUUCAGAACGUAUGACUCCGUUGAACCUUAUGAGAAGUUUCAAGUAGAAGAGAAUCUAGACGGUAGCCUUGUUCCUCGUCUUGCAGCUGAGUUAUGGAAGGCUCAACAAAGAGUCAAAGAGCUUGAAACAAAGGAGAACAGAUGUCUCAUUAGAAGUCAAAGAAUAAGCACUAUGGAAGAAGAAGAAGAUACUGAUUCCCUUUUUGAUUACUUGAAGGAGAAGUUAAGCAAAGAAAAGGAAGAAAGGAAAAGAGCUAACGCUGAGAAUUCUAGGUUAAAGAAGAAGAUUUUGGAGAUGGAAUCAACAAUAAGUAAGUUGAGGAGAGAAAGAGACACACUAGAGAAGGUGUGCGAGGAGCUGGUGACGAGGAUCGAUGAGUUGAAGGCAGAAACAAGGAGGAUAUGGGAUGAAACAAAGGAGGAGAGGCAGAUGUUGCAAAUGGCUGAGAUGUGGAGGGAGGAAAGGGUUAGGGUUAAGUUGACGGAUGCGAAACUUUCUUUGCAAGAAAAGUUUGAAGAGAUGAAUUGGUUUGUGGAUGAGUUAGAGAAGUGUUUGGAGAUGGCUAGAGAUGUAGGAGGAACUGAGGGGUUAAGAAGAGGUGAACGUUUGAUUAAGACGGUAAGAUCGUUGGAAGAUGAAGCUAAUGAUAUAGAAUUUGAGAAAUUCAAGUUUGCCUCUGAUGAUGAUAAUUAA